AUGUCGCUCAGUCUACCCGCUUCCGCGACGUCUGAGGGUGGAUCGUCCGACUCCUCUUCAGAUAUCGACACCACGGCUUCCGCAGCCUCCGGCGCGGCUGCAAACUCGGACGACGCCUCGCCUGACACGGACGAUUUCAAGCGUCCAUGUAUUGUCCAGGUCGUAGACUCUCCCUCCCUUGUGGAGGGCCCCGCAGACGUGACGUAUCCGAGCUGGUCGGCGUGGAAUGAGUAUUUGAAGGCUUACUCGGUAAAGUCCCGCCAGGUCAUCCGCAUCCAGUCAACGCUUAGUUGCGUAUUGAGAAACAAGCGGCUGGGUCAAACAGCGGCAGCAAAGCAGGGAAUGGAUGUUCCGUACGUACCAGAGACGUGGGGUGCUUACCAACGCACAUACAUCUGCACACAUGGCUGGCCAGCAAAAGACAGGAGCAGCGGAUUGCGAACCAAGCACUUCGUCCGAGGAUGCGGUUGUCCAUUUCGAUUUGUGGUGCAGCUCGUGCAAGUUGACGGCUUAUGCUGCCUUCGCGUGAAGAACGGUGUGUACCAGCACAACCAUGCGGUGGGGACAGCGCAGUUCAAGACGUACCCGGAGAAACCCUAG